CGAUUCCCAGUUUACUGUCCCACCUCCAGGGCAGAUUCUCCGGCACAUGCUUUGCACAGUGGGCUGCCCUGGUUCAGUCUGAAGGGCGCACACACCCCUUGUUUCCUAGUGUGUAUGCGCUGCGCUCUCCACUGAGAGCACCCAGACCCCUCCUCUUCCCAGCACGUGCUGCGUUGCCCUGACCGAAGAGUUCCAGACCCCAGCCCAUCCUACUCCUCCCAUGCAUUACUAGCAUUGCAACUCCACAUUUUCAAAAAUCAUGAGUCAGGCCCCAGAAAAUUAUGGGAUUGGUUUGAAAAUCCUAACAAGAUUUCUAACAACACAACACAUCUGGGGUUCUUUUUACUUGCCUUCUGGGGUUUGUGCCUCUAGGGGUCACGUUUUCAAGCUUUGCACCACAGAAUUAGACACUUAUUUUUUAGUUUUAAAUGAAAAUGGAGGGUCUCAUGUUUCCACGUGGCUUUAAAAAACACGACACACAGUACAAGAAUUACAAUAAGAUCACGCUAGCUGAGUUUUCUUCCCAGCUCUGCCACUGACCUGGCUGACGCUGGCGCUAGUUAAAGCACUAUAGAAGGGGUAGAUAUUAUUACUCUGCUUUGAUCUGCGCAGCCUGGAUCUCCUCUUACUUCUGCAUCUGCUACUCAACCUCCAGCAGGCCAGCUCCUUCUUCUCUUCCCCAUACCCUGCCUCAACCCAAGUGGCCUUGAACUCCGUGUCUCCAACAAGCACCAUUACCUCCUUGGUUCAAGUUAGAACACAGCAUGCUAGGAGCCAGCUGGCAGUCGGUGGUAGCAGAAGGUAGUAGGAGGGCCAUGGCUCUAAGAGCAUGUGGCUUGAUAAUCUACAGGAGGCUACAGGCAGGAUCCCCUUCUUCUAAAGUUGGUGACAACAUCGAAUACCUUCUCCUGCAGACAUCCUAUGGCACUCAUCACUGGACCCCGCCAAAAGGCCAUGUGGAUCCGGGUGAAGAUGACCUGCAGACAGCCCUGCGGGAGACACAGGAAGAGGCUGGACUCAAUUCCAGUCAGUUCACCCUCAUUGAAGGGUUUAAGAAGGAACUGCAAUACACUGUCAGAAGCAAACCCAAAACAGUCAUCUACUGGCUGGCAGAAAUGAACGACUGUAACACGGAGAUCAAGCUCUCAGAUGAGCAUCAGGCUUUUCGUUGGCUGAAGCUGGAAGAGGCCUGCAAAUGCGCUGAGUAUAAGGAGAUGCAGGCAGCACUCAGAGCUGUGCAUCAGUUUCUCCAUUCCAAAGCAUGAAUACUUGCAUGGGGGAAAAUGGGGAUUUUUAAAAGAAACCUGGGCUGCUCUUUUAACAAGACUAAAACGAGGGUUGUGCAGAAAUGUAACUUUUAUACCAACCUGCUGUAUGGGGUUAAGAUACUCUGAGCUUCUAUGGAGCUUGUGCUUUUACUCCCCUAGGUUACCCUAGCUCACAUAAAGAAGCAUGGUCUGAUCUAAGCAUGAACCAGAGAGCUCGGAGAUCAAAUCCCUGCCCUGACUAUCCCUCCCCUUGUUGCUUUUAUCAGGUCACUUACGCCCUGAAUGUCAGAAUGAGCAGCUGCAGGUCCUAUUGAAAAUCGAAUCCUUGACCUCUCCUGACACCAGAAGGACGGUAUGGAGAAAGGGAGCAUACGGAGAAUUUUAAUAAUAAAAUACAAUUACAAAAGUUAGAUUCUGAGUUUCGAGCAGAAGAGCAGUAGCCAGAACUGCUGGGCUCUAUUCCCAGCUUCACUGACUCCUUCUGGUAACUCAGGCAAGUUGUUUCAUCUUUGCCAACUGUAACAUGAGUUGUAUUUCCUUACCUUGUACGUUUAAUGUUUGCAAAGUGCUUUGAGAGCCUGGGAUGGAAGUUGUUAGAGAUGAACAAAAUUUAACUGAUAAUUUCCAACCCCCUCUGUUAUUUUUGUUGUCUCUUAUUUUGGUCUGUCUCUCACACGUUGAAGGUCAGCGGUAUAUUAUACACUCGGUCUUGGUGGCCUAAUGAGUCUAUGCCUACUUUGAGCUGAGGACCUUCUGCUCUAGAAAUCUAAGCUAAUGCUGAAUCUCCAGUAGCUGUAUUAAUAUUCCCUAUGGGUUGCAGUCCCUAGUGGGCAAUGCAGUCACUUGCUGUUGAGCACGUCUGGCAUUCCAUGCAAUAGCUAGCAGUGCUACACACACAUGAUCUAGAACGUUAGAGGUGAGAGCUAUAAUUAAUUCUUGUCUGUGGGCCUUAUCUCCCAAGGUGCUAAGCCACUGUGAACAUCUUUAGCUCCCACUAACAUCAGUAGGAAUUGAGAGCACUCAGCUCCUUGUAGGAUUGGGACCAUUUUAUCUCUACAGAAUGAUUUGCACAGAUACAGCAGGGUAUUGUGCCUUAGCAAGAGAAAUUAUUUCAACUCUCCUGAUAUUUUUUUAAACUCAACUUUAUUAUGAAUACUGUUUCAAACCAAAUGUCAGGGAGUGAUGAAUAGCAUGUGGGGGAGGGUGUUGUGUUAGUAACAGGCAGAACAAUAAAAGAGCAAAGUUGUUUGUUUGUUUGUUUUUUAAGAAAAUCAGUAAAGCAAGAGAAAU